GAAAAAUGAAAUGUGACAGGUGAUAAGUAGUAACAAACAAUAUUUUAGAAAAUUAAAUAUGAUAACAAUAUGAAAUAGUUUGAAUUUAAACAUAAGAUCAAGUAUUUUUUUUUUAAAUAAGACAAAGUUUAUAACAUCGACCAAAUAUGAAGAAAGAAAAAACAGGAGAUACUUGCAGACCAUUCAAAUUAGCCCAUCAAAUUGUGAGUUUAACCGGGAUAAGUUUUGAAAGGAAGAGCAUAAUAGGCUUUGUCGAACUUACUGUAGUACCACUGAGAGAUAAUUUGAGAAUAAUAAAAUUAAAUGCCAAGCAAUGUCGAAUUUACAGGGUUCUCUUGAAUGAUCAUUAUGAAGCCCAUUUUCAAUAUUUUGAUCCUUUCUUAGAUGUUUGUCAAUCAGAUACUGAAACGAGAAGUUUAGAAGCAUUUUCUCAACAUCAUCUUGCAGCUGCAUUAAGGGUAGAUCCUGAUAAUAAUUCAGGAGAAUUAGUUGUAACAAUACCGCCAGAAGCAUCUCAUUUAGUGGCAGAAGGGACUGCUUUAAGAGUUGGUAUUGAGUUUUCUUUAGAGUUACCACAAGGUGGUAUACAUUUUGUGGUACCGCAAAAAGAAGGGACAUAUGCUGAGAGAGGUGUCCACCUGUUUACAUAUGGUCAUCAAAAUUCUUCUAGACUAUGGUUUCCAUGUGUAGAUAGUUUUGCAGAAACAUGUACAUGGAAACUUGAAUUUACUGUAGAAGAAGAGAUGACGGCUGUAUCAAACGGAGAUCUAAUUGAAGUAGUUUACACUCCAGAUAUGAGAAGAAAAACAUACCACUACACUCUUAAUAUUCCCACAUGUGCUCCUAACAUUUCAUUAGCAGUGGGACCGUUUGAAAUUUUUGUUGAUCCAUUUAUGCAUGAAGUAACUCAUUUUUGUCUUCCAAAUUUAUUGCCACUUCUAAAAGUCACUACUAGAUAUAUGCAUGAGGCGUUUGAAUUCUAUGAGGAAACUUUGUCAAAUAGAUACCCAUAUUCUUGCUAUAAGCAAGUAUUUGUUGAUGAAAUUCAUGAAGAUUAUAGAUCUUAUGCUACCAUGAGCAUUUUGAAUGUAAAUUUGCUUCAUUCAGCUGUUAUUAUAGAUCAAGUUUACAUUACUAGAAGAGUUAUGGCACAAGCUAUAGCUGAACAAUUUUUUGGUUGUUUCAUAUCUAUGCAGAAUUGGUCGGAUAUGUGGUUGAAUAAAGGUAUUAGCCAAUAUUUGUGUGGACUGUACUGUAAAAAAUCAUUCGGAAAUAAUGAAUAUAGAGAAUGGAUUCAAAGUAAUUUAUUCGAUGUUGUUAAAUAUGAGGAAGAAUUUGGUGGUAUAGUCUUAGACCCUAGUCAACAACCAGCUCCAUUACCUGUGGGAUCAAAUCAAACACAGACUCCACAAAAAAACAAUGAAGAAAAAUUUUAUUUCUCAAUAAGAAAUCUGCAUACAAUGUCGUCUAUGUAUGUGGAAGCUCUUCAUAAAAAAGCUUUAUUAGUAAUGAGAAUGUUGGAACAUCGAAUUGGAUUAGAGCUACUCCUUCAGGUUUUUAACAAACAGCUCUCUCUUGCUACUAAUGCGGCACAACAAAAAAUCGGCAGUGGAUUAUGGGGACACAUGUUGAUUAGUACAAAUGUUUUUACAAAAGCCAUAUUCACUGUUACUGGAAAAGACAUGGCUGUGUUUAUUGAUCAAUGGGUUCGAACUGGAGGACACGCAAAGUUUCAUUUGACUUCUGUUUUUAAUAGAAAGAGGAAUACAAUAGAAUUAGAAAUUCGACAAGAUGCUACAACAUCUUUGGGGAUUCGAAAGUAUGUUGGGCCACUUUUGGUAACCCUCCAAGAAUUAGAUGGGACUUUCAAGCACACAUUACAAAUAGAAAAUACAGUUGUUAAGUCAGAUAUCACAUGUCAUUCAAAAAGUAGAAGAAACAAAAAGAAGAAGAUUCCUUUGUGUACUGGUGAAGAAGUUGACAUGGAUUUAAGUGCUAUGGACGAUUCUCCUGUGCUUUGGAUUCGCCUUGAUCCUGAAAUGACAUUAUUACGUUCAGUUGUUAUAGAACAACCUGAUUAUCAAUGGCAGUAUCAGUUGCGACAUGAAAGGGACGUAACUGCUCAAAUUGAAGCCAUCAUUGCUUUGGAGAGAUAUCCUACUCCACCUACUCGAUUAGCUCUUACAGAUACCAUUGAAAAUGAACAGUGCUAUUAUAAAGUUAGGUGUAAAGCUUCACAUUGUUUGACAAAGGUAGCAAAUGCUAUGGUUGCAAACUGGGCGGGUCCUCCGGCGAUGUUGGCUAUUUUCAGGAAAUUUUUUGGUUCUUUUGCCGCUCCUCAUAUAAUCCGUCAAAACAAUUUUCAAAAUUUCCAACACUACUACCUCCAAAAAACGAUUCCUCUUGCAAUGGCGGGUUUACGUAAUACUCAUGGUAUAUGUCCACCGGAAGUUGUUCGAUUUCUACUAGAUUUAUUCAAAUACAAUGAUAAUUCUAAAAAUAGACACAGUGAUAAUUAUUAUAGAGCGGCAUUAGUAGAAGCAUUGGGCAAUACCGUAACCCCGGUAGUGUCUGUAGUAGCUCAAGGUACACCAAUAACUGCGGAGAAUCUUAGUGCCGAUACAAAACUGAUAUUAGAAGAAAUAACAAGGUUAUUGAAUCUGGAAAAGGCAUUACCUUGUUAUAAAUAUACAGUUUCAGUUGCUUGUUUAAAAUCUAUAAGAAAAUUACAAAAGUUUGGUCAUUUACCAAGUAGGCCGACACUGUUCAAAAGUUAUGCCACUUAUGGACAUUUCAUUGAUGUACGGUUAGCAGCUCUAGAAUGCUUGGCUGAUUUUGUGAGGGCAGAUGGUAAAUUGGAAGAUUUAAUGUAUGUACUGGACUUUUUAGAAAAUGAUCCAGAUCCCGGAUUCAAACACAAAUUAGCUAUGCUGUUGAUAAAAAAUCCACCUUUCAAACGAGCUCAUAGAAGUAAAUUGGACGUACCAGAACUUGUAGAAAGAAUAUGGAUUAAUAUCAAUUGUAUGUUAUCACAUGAUACAAGACUUCGAUGCGAUUUGGUUGACUUUUAUUACACUCUUUAUGGUACAAAACGUCCAUUCUGUUUACCCAUCGCCGAACUAGAUGGUAUUCUCGGUUCCAAACAUGAAAGUAAAAAACAUAAAUUACCCACCAUUCCAAAGAAUGUACCGCCACCUAGUGAACAUAAUAUAAAAAUACGAACUCCGUCGCCUACUUUGAAAGAAAGUGCUCCACAGACUAUCAUAUUGGAACCUGUUGAUAUGGAUAUUGAAGUAGUAGCUAGUGAAGAAAAAGGCGUUAAGGAAGAAGUACUCGAAGUAAAAUGCGAAUCGCCAACUCUUCAAAAACAAGAAUAUUUUUCCGACAACUCUGUAUCGCUUCCCGGCUUAGGACAAAGUGGACCGGUAGGUUUCGAACCUGGCAUGUUCAAAAAAGAGGACGAAGCUAGACAUAAAAGCGAAUCGCCCGGUAAAGUGAAGAAAAAGAAGAAAGACAAGAAAAAGCAUAAACACAAACAUAAACAUAAGCAUGAACAUAAACAUAGUAAGGAGAAAAAAGAAAAAGAUCCUAAAUCGAAACUAAAAGAAGAUACUUUAAGUUCUAUGAGCUCGACGCCUAGUCCUAAUCCUUUAUCUAUAGGUAGCGCAGAAACUAUAUAAAUGUGUACAUAUAUAAUUUUGUUUAUAAUUUUUUUAUAUACGUAUUCUUUAAUAAAUUUUCUCUAUUUU